AUGAUGCGGUUUUUGUUGGGUGUGGUGGCGCUCCUGCUCACCCAUGUGGCCGCCGACCACAAGGACUUUAUUGCGCAACCGGGGAAAGUUGCUGAUCAGACAUUUUUACAACGUCAGAUUGAACUCUACAAACUUUAUGUUCAUGUAAACGAGCCGAUUUACGACAAAGAGCUGAAGGCGAUUGCUGAAACAUGGAACUUGGAACAAAACAUCCAGCAAUUCGAGAAUGUAACCGCCCUGAAGAUAUUCUUGGAAUUAAAAGAAUUUAAUAUGCUUCUACCUCGCUCAGUUCCAUUUAACGUCUUGGAACCUAGACAACAGUGGGAGGCCGUAACUCUAUUCAAUAUGCUGUACUCAGCAAAGGACUAUGCAACUUUUUAUAAAACAGCAGUUUACCUACGUCACCUCGUCAAUGAGGGUGUAUUUAUUUAUGUUUUAUCAGUUGCAAUACUGCACUAUCCAGAAACGCAGGGAAUUAUAAUUCCGCCACUUUACGAAGUAUUUCCUUCGCAUUAUCACAACGCGGAGAUUAUGAACAUCGCUAAUAAAAUUAAUACCCAUGGCAAGCGUUUAGUGAAGUUUUACCCUCAAACUCACAUAUGGGAAAACAAUGUAGUGAUCAAGUGGAAUACGACUGUGUGGCCAUAUUUAGAUGGAAACUACGUUCCUGUUUCGUAUUAUUUAAACGAUUAUGCAUUGAACACUCUUUACUAUAACGUCCACUUGACAUACCCCUUCUGGAUGAGCGGUAAACAGGGUCCUCUAUCGAAGUUUAACCGCGGCGAAAUCCUUUGGUUCAUCAACAAACAGUUUAAUAAUCGCUACUAUAUGGAACGCCUAUCAAAUGGUCUGGCUGAGAUUCCUGAAAUCGAUUUCAAUAUUGUUCCUGAAGGUUAUUUAAGUGGUCUUGUACAUUUCAACGGUGUUCCAUUCCCUGAAAGACCUAACUACUUCUACCUUUAUCAACCGAAACUCAUUAAAUACGUUUCAAAGAUUAAAUCACUAGAAAGACGUGUUCGAGAUGCUAUCGAGAUUGGAUACCUAGUUGACAUGAAGGGACAGAAAAUCAAUUUGAGAACUCCAGAAGCCAUUAAUGUUUUAGCAAACGUAAUUGAGGGUAAUGUUGACUCUCCCAACAUAUUUUACUAUGGAAGCAUUCUUACAGCUUGGAAAGAGCUAUUAGGGAAUUCAAUGAUGACCAAGCACAUGUAUUGGAAUGGUCAGGUGCCUCUUGUUAUACCGUCAGCUCUUGAAAUGUUCCAAACAUCGCUCCGUGAUCCAGCAUUCUAUAUGAUCUCGAAACGCCUUCUCAAUCUGUUCACUCUAUGGAGAACUUAUCUUCCAGUAUACAAUCCUGAAGAGUUAGCUUUUCCUAGCAUCGAAAUCCAGAAAGUGCAAGUUGAUAAACUUGUAACUUACUUCGAAUACACGUAUCUUAAUGUCACCAACGCCUUGCCAAUGAACGAAAAUGAAAGUAAAUUGGGCGCAGACGAUGUAAGCGUAUUAGUACAACGCCCUCAGUUAAACCACAAGGUGUUUAAGGUACGCGUACACGUCAAGAGUGAUAUUCCAAAGACCGUGGUUGUAAAGUUCUUCUUGGCACCCAAAUACGACAGUAAAGGUUACGAAAUUCCUCUACACGAGAACACAGAAAAUUUUUUCCAGUUUGAUCAGUUCGUAUAUGAAUUACCGAAGGGAGACUCUAUAAUUGAACGUGACUCAAAUGGCAAUAAGGUGUACAUGAUCGACAAAUGGACAUCUGGUUACGAUAUAUACAGAAAAGCCUACAACGCACUUCACGGUAACGGACAGUUUGUAAUCGACAACAGUAACUUCCUCGAUGGCUUUCCACGUCGCCUCCUGAUACCUAAGGGUCGCGUUGGUGGUAUGCCGUUCCACUUCCUAGUGUACAUCAAUGAGCACCGUGCACCUCUACCUCCAUACGGCACAGGAGUAAACCCUGAGAAAGUGUACGGCAUCGGAACUGGCGCUAACAGGAUGACCACCUAUCCAUUACACUUCCCCUUGGAUAGACCUCUAUACGAAUGGCAGAUCAAGAGACUUACCAACUUGCACAUCCAAGACGUUCAAAUAUCACAUAAGACUACGCCAGAAGUAGUUGUUCCGAACUCCAUGUUUGUGCACGCUCUAUUCCCUCACUCUCAUAGUCCGAUGGGACGCCAGCUCCGACACGGCCGGAAAGAGAUCACACACAGGGCCGCAGCGAGGGAUGGAGUACAGUUGCCUUCUGGUCUGAGCACGAUGAAGACUGUCAUCGUAUUUGCUUGUGUGGCCUUCGCCAUGGUUGGGUCCUCCGUGGUCCCACCAAAGAUGGUCUACAAAACCAAACCUGUGGACACCGAAUUUGUGACGAAGCAGCAACAGAUCUUGAAGCUGUUCAACCACCCAGAGCAAGUGAAUCCUGAGGCUGAGUACUACAAAAUUGGCAAGGAAUACGACAUCGAAAAACACAUCGACGACUACACCAACAAGAAGGCCGUCCAAGAAUUCUGGGACUUGUGGAAGACUGGAUUCCUACCCAAAAAUGUUCCUUUCUCGAUCUUCUAUGAAAGACAAAGGGAGGAAGCUGUAGCUCUAUUCCAUAUUAUGUUCUACGCAAAGGACUUCGAAACUUUCUGGAAGACCGCUGCUUUUGCCCGUGUUUACAUUAACGAGGGUCAAUUCUUGUACGCCUACUACAUCGCGUUGCUCCACCGUGCUGACACCAAAGGAGUUGUCGUCCCUGCUCCCUAUGAAGUCUACCCUGAACUGUUCACAAACUCCAAUGUAUGGUACAAAAUCUUCCGCGCAAAGAUGCAGAACGGAGUAUUCACCCCCGACUUCGGAUCCGAACAAGGCAUCGUUCAAGAAGGAAAUCACUAUGUUGUGUACUCCAACUACUCUGACUACUUGACUUACCAUACCGAUGAAUACAAAAUCUCCUACUUCAUGGAAGAUAUUGGUCUUAACGCCUACUACUACUACUUCCACUCUUACUUCCCAUUCUGGAUGGACGGUGAUCUCUACCCAAUCAUGAAGGAACGUCGCGGAGAAGUGUACUACUACUUCUACCAACAGCUCUUGGCCCGUUUCUAUCUGGAACGUUUGUCUAACGGAUUAGGUGAAGUUCCUGACUUCGCUUGGUGGCACCCAAUCAGAAGUGGCUACAGCCCAUACGUUAACUACUUCUCAUCCUUCGUUCAAAGGCCCGCAAACUACCCCAUCCCAGAAAAAUACGACGAAGAAUUACAGCUUCUUGACACAUAUGAAAAGACCUUCAUUCAGUACUUGGAACAAGGACACUUCAAAGCAUUCAACCAGGACGUCGACCUACGCAACUCCAAAUCUGUUAACUUCGUUGGAAACUUCUGGCAAGCUAAUGCUGACUGGCACGGCAAAGUUGGACGCAAGGACAACCACAACUCAUACGAAGUCACUGCUCGUCGUAUUUUGGGUGCUGCUCCAGAACCUGUUGACAAGUAUACCUUCGUGCCCACAGCACUUGACUUCUACCAGACAUCUCUGCGUGACCCAGCAUUCUGGCAGCUUUACAGCAAGAUCCUUAAGUACUUCAUUGAAUACAAGAAGUUCCUGACUCCCUACACCCAAGACAAUUUGCACUACGUCGGAGUUAAAAUCAACGACGUUAAGGUUGACAAAUUAGUCACUUUCUUCGAAUACUAUGACUUCGACGUAUCAAACAACGUAUUCUACACCCAGGAAGAACUUAAGAGCGAAAAGACGCCAUUCUUCUCCGUUCGCCAACCUCGUAUUAACCACAAAACUUUCAAUGUUGAAGUUGAUGUUAAAUCUGACGUUGAAGGCGAUGCAGUAUUCAAAAUCUUCCUGGGACCCAAAUACGACAGCAAGGGCUACCCUAUUAGCUUGGAAAACAACUGGCAGAACUUCGUUGAAUUGGACUGGUUCGUACAAAAGUUGACCAAGGGACAGAACAAGGUUCAGCGUUCGUCCAACGAUUUCUUCUUCUACAAAGAGGACUCAGUACCCACACAUGAAAUUCUGAAGCUCCUUCCCGAAGGAAAGGUACCCACCGAUAUGUCAAUUGAAUCUGGUGCGUUCCCUAAGAGACUCAUUCUGCCUAAGGGUCAGAAAGGUGGCUUCCCAUACCAAAUCUUCGUAAUGGUCUACCCAUACACUCCCGCAGAAAAGAAGUUCGAUUCUAUCAAGGCAUUCGUUUGGGACAACAAACCUUUGGGCUACCCAUUGGACCGUCCAGUUAAUGAGGUCUACUUCAAGCAACCGAACAUGUUCUUCGAAGAUGUAGAGGUAUACCACGAGGGUGAAGAGAUGUCAUACAAGUACAACAUUCCUUAUUACACAGCCCACUACAACGAUGUGGCUAAGCACUAA